AUUUUUGUUUCCCGCCUACAGCGUCUAUUACGGUAGCCGUUGCGCUCGUGCUGGAUUGUCGUUUGCCAAACUGUGGUGCUGCGAUGUGAAAGAUUUCCUCACAAAACCAGGGAUUGUGUUUUAUUUUUUCCGGUCCUUAAAGUAGCAGAGUAAAGCUGAGCAGAGCGUCUACCUCUUCCUCUGCACCAUGUCCUCUAAGCCUCACCCCCCGCUGAUGAAGAAGCACAGUCAGACUGAUUUAGUAAGCCGCCUCAAGACUCGGAAGAUCCUGGGAGUUGGAGGAGAGGAUGAUGAUGGAGAAGUUCACAGAUCAAAGAUCAGUCAAAUGUUGGGUAACGAAAUAAAAUUUGCUGUACGAGAACCGAUUGGCCUCCGUCUCUGGAUCUUCGUCUCGGCGGUUCUGUUCACAGCUACAGCUUUAGUGGCUCUGGCUUUCCCCAGUCAACUCUACGAGAUCGUCUUUGAGCUCAGCACCACCAGGAUCUCCAUCAGACUGUAUGGAGGAGCGCUUCUCAGUAUCUCGUUAAUCCUGUGGAAUGGCCUCUACACGGCAGAGAAGGUCAUCAUCCAGUGGACUCUGCUCACUGAAGCCUGCUACCUGGGUGUACAGUUCCUCGUGACGUCAGUCUCGCUCCUGGAAAUGGGAACGCUGUCCAAUGGAGCCGUUCUGCUCCUCCUCAGCGACGUUGUCUUCCUGGUCAUCACCCUGUCCUACUAUGGUCAGCUCAGCCGUCGACCCAAGAAGAUCUGAGACUCGAAGACUCGUCCGUCCAUCUUUGUGUGUGUGUGUGUGUGUGUGUGUGUGAAUACUGAGUGCACAUUACAGGAUUGACAUGUUUACAAGAUCAGUGAUUCCGCUCACAUGAGUCGUGUUGGUUUAUUUUAUCAUUACACAAAUUAAACCUGAUGUUUAUCGCAUCUACGUGAAUCUCAGAAGUUUUCUCAGCUCAGACGCUGAACUUCUUCUAAACCCGUCCGUAAUUCAGCCUCGGAUGUCGAUAUGAGCCCCUAUCAGGACGUUUAUAUAUGAUAUCGCUAUACUGUAUAACAAAAUAUUCAGUUUUGUCAGAAAAUAUUACCAAAGAGCCAUGAGAUGAUGUUUUGUAUUAUAAUGAAUUUAAAUAUAUAUGAAAAGGAAAGGGUGCAUGAAUGGUACAAAAAUUUCGAUUUCAACAUUCAGAGACAUAAAAACACAAACGCUUCAGUCGUUUAUCUGGUUUGAAGUCAGCUUUAAUCUUCUUUUUCAUAUUCAGUCAUCGGAUUUGACAUUUUAUUUACUUAUAAAUAUUUAAAAAAUUGUUCUAGAUAUGUUAUCUGGGGAUGUCAUAGCUAAGUGGUUUUGAGAGAGAGAGAGAGAGAUGGACUACUGACCAGUAGGUUUUGAGAGAGAGAGAGAGAGAGAGAGAGAGAUGGACUACUGACCAGAAGGUUUUGAGAGAGAGAGAGAUGGACUACUGAUCAGAAGGUUUUGAGAGAGAGAGAGAUGGACUACUGAUCAGAAGGUUUUGAGAGAGAGAGAGAGAGAGAGAGAUGGACUACUGAUCAGAAGGUUUUGAGAGAGAGAGAGAUGGACUACUGAUCAGAAGGUUUUGAGAGAGAGAGAGAGAUGGACUACUGAUCAGAAGGUUUUGAGAGAGAGAGAGAGAUGGACUACUGAUCAGAAGGUUUUGAGAGAGAGAGAGAGAUGGACUACUGAUCAGAAGGUUUUGAGAGAGAGAGAGAGAUGGACUACUGAUCAGAAGGUUUUGAGAGAGAGAGAGAGAGAGAGAGAUGGACUACUGAUCAGAAUGUUGUGAGUUUGAAUCCCCUGUCCACUAACUUACUUGUCAAGGUGUUGGGUUACUGAUCAGAAGGCUGAGCGAGAGAGAUGGGCUGCUGAUCAGAAGGUAGAGAGAGAGAGAGAGAGAGAGAGAGUUCGAAUCCCAUGUCCACCAAGCUGCUACUGCUGGGCCCUUGACCAAGGCCCUUAACCCUCACUUGUAUACAGUGAGGUAAAAUUGUUAGUCGCUCUGGAUAACGGUGUCUGCUAUAAGCCAGAAAUGUAAAUACACAUAGUGUGUGCUUGUUUGAUUGAUUAUAGCUGUCCAGCUCUCUCUCUCUUUCUCUCUCUCUUUUUAAAAAAAACUAUUUUCCGCUCUACCCCGUCUCUCCGGUCCCUCGACUCCAAGCAAGAUCCGUUUUUAGGAUCGUCUCUUCGACGCUCUGCUCCUGACCUACUUCCUCUUCUGCUGAGUGUCUCGGUCCUACAUGACACACACUGUUUCACACGCACGCUAAACCUCACCUCAGCUUAUAGACACGAUCACAGCAUUAAUCAUUCGUUCAGAGUUUAGAGACAUGAACAGGACGGUCCGAGAUUCCUCAGAGAUUCACGUGCAUGCAAUAACAAGUCAGGAAAAACACUUAAAAGCUCUCCGGGACAAAAUAAAUGAUCAGUGUCUAUGAACAGCGGCGCUUUAUUUAGCUCUGUCGGUAAAUGACCGGCAUUUGAGGUCACUUUAUGUUCCACACAACACAACGCAGAGUCUCCUAGAGUGAUGUCUUAAGGCGUGUAGGACCUUUUCAUUCAGAAAGACUUCCUGUAAAAUAAGCACUUCAGUUUGAUGGAAAUCUUAUGGCAUUGUUUGGAAGAGCUGGAUCGCACCCAUGCCGUAAACAUGAGGUAAAAUUUACAGGAAAAGUCUCAAAAGCACUGACCGACUUCACAAAAAUAAAACUGAUGAAACCAAGUAUUACAGAAGAUUUUUUUAAUCUUCCAAGACUGAAAUCGAAUUGUGCAAGCUUUUUUUUUCAGACUGAUCGUCCUUUAUCACUUCCUUUUUUUAUUUUUAUUUUUAAAUAAAUUGCAUAAUCCUGUACUGUGUGCUCGGUUUCUUGAGGCUGUUUUUACACUUGGCCUGGUGUUUUUAUUUUUACCCCACAGCACAUGUCACAGGUCAUGUUAUCUCAGCUGCUUUUAAAAGGCGCUGAUGAUGCUGCCGGGGUUUUUUUUUUUUCUUUGGUCACUGUAGAGCUUCCACAAGUCCGGGACCAUAUGAGGAGAUCAUAUGAGAUCAUAUGAGGAGAUUAGCAGGUCAGUUAGUUUCUCUUGAUUUCCUGCCUCCAGAUUUACAGCCAAGACUAGCAACCUCUUCAUGUCUAGAAUUCCUCCCAUCCUUAUUUCAUCUGAUUAGCCAGAACCAGAAAUCUGACCUACACGGCGAGUCCGAGUGUGAAAGCAGCCUCACGACAUUCUCGGUUUACUGUAGCUCUAUCUAUCUAUCAGGACCAAAACGAUAUCCGAUGCGUGUAGCAGCUCGUCUCUCCGGACGCUUUCACUUUCGUCUUGCGAUGGCAUGUCUUACACGGAGCGGCCAGUUUGGGAAAUUCCGCUUCAGGGCUUGUUUUCAGGUGUUUUCCCUCCAUCAUGAUCUCAUUUGUUGAUCUCAGUGUUAGUGCACAGGGUAAAAAAUAAAAAACUUUCCGUGUUAAGAGAUUUAUUUUUCAAUCGUUAGAGGGUUUGUGUAUAGCAAGCUGUACCUUUAUCCAGUGUGUGACUUCAGACCUGCUCACCUUUAUGUACAGGUUCUCCAGGAAAGCGCUAUCCGCCCUCUUCCGCAUACAUGACCUCACGCUAUUGGUUAGUAUCGCUUUGAUUGACAGGGGAGACAGAGUUAUGCCCCUGAUGACCGAGGUAUCGUUUGUAACAUCCGAUACAGGUCACGACUACAGGUCACGACCUUCAUUUUUGUCCAUUCUCAAUGAACCAGAGAUCUGGAAUGACUGACAGCUGCGUAGAUACUUCAAACUCUCUAAUAUGAACAGACUUGAGAAGCCCCGCCCCCUUUCCCCAAUUUAUUAUCUUACCUUCUUUGACGGUGAAUAUCUGCAGUUCAUUGACAGGAGAUCUACCAGCAACAUUAGACAACCUGAGUUACUGUGUUAGGCUGUUUUCAUCGCUAAAUUUUAACGAUACGUCGUUUUAACGGUAACGAUCUUUAGAAGGUACUUAAAUGCAAUAGUACACCAAUCAGGCAUAACAUUAUGACCAGUGAGAGGCGAAGUGAAUAAGACUGAUGAUCUCAUCAUGGCACCUGUUAGUGGGUGGGAUAUAUUAGGCAGCAAGUCCUCAAAGUUGAUGUGUUGGAAGCAGGAAAAAUGGACAAGUGUAAGGAUUUGAGCGAGUUUGACGAAGGACCAAAUUGUGAUGCUAGACCACUGGAUCAGAGCAUCUCCAAAACUGCAGCUCUUGGGGGGUGUUCCCGGUCUGCAGUGGUCAGUAUCUAUGGUCCAAAAGUGCUCCAAGGAAGGAACAGUGGUGAAUUGGGUCAGGGGCGGCCAAGGCUCGCUGAUGCACGUUUGGAGUGAAGGCUGGACCGUGUGAUCCGAUCCAACAGACGAGCUACUGUUGCACAGAUUGCUGUUAAUGCUGGUUCUGAUAGAAAGGGGUCAGAAUACACAGUGCAGGACGGGUUUCGGCAGCAACCAACACAAUAUUACAAUAAGCAGGUGGUCAUAAUGUUACGCCUGAUCAGUGUAUAUAUGCUAAACUAAUAAAAAAAAUCAGUUUUAUGUUUAAUGUAAACGCUCAAAGUUUCACAUCCAUGUUACGCUUUGUUUUUUUUCUAGAAUGUUUCCACGUUAAACACGUGACUCUGUGUUAUUCCUCUGGAAGGUUGGCAGGUCUGAUGGGCUUGAAAUCUUUAAUAUUUACAUCUGAAAUAUAUUCAUGUAUAUAUAUCGAUCGUCACGACGACCAUUGGGGUAGAUCCGAUGAUGUCAUUUUGCGUAAGCGAUCAGACGAUGAUGGCGCUAGGACGUAGCUUUGGAGCACGAGCUUCGGAGCGCUGCUCCCCGACGCAGAGAACAGUUUCUACCUUCUUUACUUCAGCUCUUUCCAUUAAUAAGGAUUUUUUUGCGAUUAACACCGAGCUCGGAUCCGGAUAGAGCUCCGAUGGGUUUUUUUUAUUAUUAUUAUUUGUUUGUUUUGGAGGCGGGGUUUAAUGUAAACCCUGUAUGUAAACAUAUAAAACACUUUUUUCUUUUCUUUUCUUCUGGAGAUCGUUCUGCGUGUAGUGGUAGCAGUAACACAUGUAGCAUUAAUGGAAUCUAUUAACACGCUUUUACUUUCUUUAACACUUUCUUUAACUCUUUAGCGCUCUAAUUCUUCCCACGUCAAUAUUUAUAUCAUUUCAGAACCUAUCGAUCUCCUGCUGCUCAUGAAGAAUUGAGCGUUUUUGUUUUUUAUUUUUGGACUAGAAUGAUACAAUUAAAACUGUUCAAUUUGUCCUUAAUUGUCGUAAUUAAAUCAUCUGCUUUUUUUGUUUUUAAUUGAUUAUAAUUCUGACUCACCUGUUCAGAAAAUUGUAAAAAAAAAAAAAAAAAAAAAAAAAAGAAGCAGUAUUUUUGUUUUACUUUUUAUCCGCCGAUUUCUAAUGAACACACAUUUUUAUUUCCUUUACUUUAUUUAUUUAUUUUUUUGUAAAUUUAUAUAUUUUUUUCCUCCCAAUCCACAGCCAUGCUCUCUGAAUGUACUACUGUGUUUUUUUGUUUUUGUUUUUUUCACAAGAAAGAGUUUAAAUCUCAACUAAAAAAGAAAAACGUGUAUAAAUAAAAUAACAUUGACUUUAAAUCGAAGUAGAGUUUUAAUAACCAGGAAGUGUUUCAUCGUUUCUUCUUCAGUCCACGUGUGAAUGAAUAAAUACAUUAGCAUGAUGGUACAUAUUAGCAUUCCUGUUCUCCGACCCACAUGUUUCCGGCGAUCGUGAAGCGCUUCUAGGAAACGAUCCGCCUUGAACCGUAACCAAAAAUUUCGCCGUAUAUAUAUAUAUAUAUAUAUAUAUAUAUAUAUAUAUAUAUAUAUAUAUAUAUUCAGUUUCAAUUAUUAUUAUUGUGUUAGCGUUUAUGUUAGCAUCUUGUGUGCGGCGAUGCGGCUAAUUCGAUCGCCUCGUGUUUUUUUGUUUGGAGAGAAAACCAAUUUUCUGUACAUACUACAUGGAGUUGUGUACAUACUUUUGUAGCCAGAAUGUGAAGUGCUUCAGAAAUAAAUCACGCUUUCCCAAAAGCCUUCAGCGUUCACGUGAGUUUUCUUUCCUUACACAUUCCUCGGAAUAUGAGCUAGCAAAAGAGAUACACAUUCCUCAGAACAUGUGCUAGCGACAGAAUUCCUGAUUUAUUUGUUUAACCCGAGCUUUUUUUUUACAGGAACACGGCUUCACUGAAAUCACCCUCUGUAUUAAUAGCCACGCGGAGGAAGCGCAGAGUCACAGUGAUGGAUGUCUUCUCUUCCCAGAUCUUUCCAGGAGUUCCCAGCUCCUGAUAACUUUCCAGCAAUCGCUCCUGGAGCUCCGCCUCGUUCCUGAGUCAGGAUGCACUGACUGAAGAUGAAGAGUGAUGACCUCACACAGGGGCUUUUCCUCAUCCUGUCCAGGAGGGUGGGGCUGAUGAGAGAAAAGAAUAAUCAUCUCUCUCUCUCUCUCUCUCUCUCUCUCUCUCUCUCUCUCUCUCUCUUUCUUUAUCUCUCUCUCCAUCUUUUACUCCAUCUCACUAUUUCAUUCUCUUGCUCUCCCACUCUCCAUCCCUCUCUAUCUCUCUUAUCUUUCCCUGACCUCUCUUUUUCAAUUUUUCACUCCAUCUCCCUCUAUAUCACUCACUCUUUCUGUCCACUCCUCUCACACACUGGUUUAGUUUAUUUAUAUAUAUCCUAUGACAGCUACCAAUCCGAGAGGGAGAAUAGAUAUCAUGUACUUCCUCUGAGACACAGGAAGUAAUCAGAUGCAUCUUUUCAAAACUUCCUACACAACCUGGAGAAAACCUGCUGUCCACAAUGAGAGAGAUGAGA